AUGGCUCGAGGAAAAGGGGGACGUCGCUACCGUAAAGCUCCACCCAAACCAGAGACGCCAGUAAAGGAUCGUUUACGAAAAAUCAUCGCCAGUCGCAACGCUUCGUCAGAAUCUGUCGACGCUGCUCAGCCCACAACUCCCCCGACGAUAAACGUCAACACCACACUCCAGACAUCAUUCAUCGACAACAUAGGCAGCUGGUUCACUGGCCAAGACUCAAGUGACAGUCUGCCCAUGGACUCCAUCGAUGCGGUCUCCAUUUCCGGUAAUCCCGCUCCACUGUCGAAGAAGGCCAGAAAGAGGCUUAAGAAACAAGAUACCCAAACUACUGAGAGCGAUCCAUCAACUCCCACCGAUGACGCGGACUCACCGAUACUUGACGAUGGUGACUGUUCGCAACAAGAGUCGAGCGCAUCGCGAACCACGUCUUCUUAUCUCGGAGACGGCAGUACAGACUCAUUUCCUCUAAUCAGGGGUUUGCACGACAGUAUCAUGCCAAAGCAACUGGCCGAUCCAGCUGAGAAGCGAGACUCGGUAGUCUCAAGCAACUGGGAAGAGGCAAAGCUUGAGAAGACUUCACAGAUCACUACAAAGCGAGUUUCUGAUCAAGCUGCCUGGCGAAGGAAGUCCAACCCCUCUUCUUGGUGGCCAUGUCGCAUGUAUCGUUGGACGCGGAGGUUCAUUCUUGCAACCAUUCGAGGUUUCCAAGGACCUCGCAGGGCAGACUUUAUCCUGACUUUCGGUGUGCUUUUCGUAUGCCUCUAUGUCGCUUACACCACCCUGGACUUCAUCCUUUUCGGCUUGAUCAAGGGUGUUCGGGCGCAGGACAUCGUUGAUGCCGCCAAUUGCAGCGUUGUAUAUGUCACAAUCCCUGGUCCCAUUAUCACUGUUUCCCUCAUCGCCGCUGCGCCGUCAGAUCCAGCUCGAGCAUUGCUCCACCGAGUCGCUCCAACCUCCCAGUCUCUCUCUCCCCCGUUUUGA